AUGGAGUCACUCGAAGACUUGAUGGAUAGAGUCAUGAAAUUGAUGGUAGAAGUCAAUCAGAAAAACGAUUUAGUCGAUGAGGGCGUGCGAAAACUGGAAAAUUGCGCACAACAAGUUCUUCAAUUCCGCAUGGAUCAGCGUAAAAUUCGAGAAGAAAAGCGCGAGGAACUAGAAAAGAUUCGGAAAGAUCGUCAGGCCAAAGAAUUCCGAGUCGAGCAGCUCGAGGAGAAGUUGAGAAGAUAUGAAGAGUACGAGAAGAAGUCGGAGCAAGAGAUGAAGAAUCUUGGAGAGCUCAAAUAUAAAAAAGAGCAAGAAAAUGCCGCCGAGUGGGAGGAGAUGGAUCGGGAGCUGUUGGCAAAACGAAGCGAUUUGAACAGCAGAAUUCUGAAGACGCUAACCGGCAACUCGUCGAAUCUCCAAUAA